CGGCCAGUGGUGCAUGAAUUCUUUCCGGCCUUCACUGUGACAUUUGAUGCAAUCAUGUACAACCUUACCUGGGUGGUGAGGCAGGGAACAUACCACCUUGUAACCCCCUGGUGCCUCCGUCUCAUCCUCCCAGGCACUAAGGCACCAGCCACCCUCACCCUCAGGCAUGGGUGGAGCAGGAACAUGUCAGUUGGCACCACUGCUUCUGCCUCUAAGACAUGGAGGGCAGGCCAGGAGAGGACGGCAGACAGACCAGGGGGGGAGAACAAGGACAGUGUGGUUAGUGAAGGAGUGGAACAGAAGCAGAGCGUAAUUGGUGAAAGCCAAUCCAGAGUAGCUGACUGUGAGGGCAGGUUGAGUGCAAGACUGCAGGAUGACAGCAAACAAAUGACAAAAAUAGGUGGUAUUGCCAUUGCACAAAGUAUAGAAGAGAGAGGAAGUACAACAGCAGCACAUAGAGAUGUGCCCCACCACAUUCCUCCACCACCAGUACCACCACCACUGCAUCUUGACUAUGGGCCUACCCCCACCAUACCUCAGCGACUUGUCCUCAGCUCACCCCCAACACUGGCUGCAUACAUGCAGCUGAUGAGGCUUGACCGUCCAAUAGGCACCUGGCUGUUAUUUUGGCCCUGUGGAUGGAGCUUGGCACUCUCUGCAGCCCCGGGGUGUCUGCCAGACCUGUGGCUGAUGACACUGUUUGGUGUGGGAGCAAUGGUGAUGAGGGGAGCUGGUUGCACCAUCAAUGACAUGUGGGAUAGAGACUAUGAUAGCAAGGUGGCAAGGACAGCCGGCCGUCCCCUGGCCAGUGGGUGCCUCAGCCAGUUUGAUGCCCUGGUCUUCCUUGGGGCACAGCUGGGCCUGGGCUGCCUCAUACUUCAGGAGCUCAACUUCUACAGUGUGUGUCUGGGAGCAGCCUCCAUGGGGCUGGUGAUCACAUAUCCCCUCCUGAAGAGAUUCACAUAUUGGCCACAGCUGGCACUGGGCUUCACUUUCAACUGGGGUGCCCUCCUGGGAUCAGCAGCAGCUCUAGGGCAAUGCCAGUGGGCAGUGUGUGCACCCCUCUACUUCUCAGGUGUGGCCUGGACCCUCAUCUAUGACACAAUCUAUGCUCACCAGGACAAAUAUGAUGAUGUAAUAAUUGGCAUCAAGUCUACGGCACUGAAGUUUGGAGAGGCCACACCACGCUGGCUGGCCGGGUUUGGUAUGACGAUGAUCUCUGGCCUCCUAGCGGUGGGCCACAAUGCAGGGCAGACGUGGCCAUACUACCUCACUGUGGCCCUCGUCUCCGGCCACUUGGUGAAGCAGAUCUGGACGCUGGAUAUAAACAAUGCUGCUGACUGUGGGCAAAAGUUCCGAGCCAACAGACACAUCGGGCUGCUGCUGUUUCUGGGAAUUGUCACCGGGAAUUUGUUAAAGGAGUAGGAAUGUAGGAAUGAGAUCGGAAUGUCACUGAGUCAGGGCUGCAGGUUUUGAUCAACAGGAAAUUCAAGGGCCUUAGGAUAUGUGGAAUUGAGAUGUAUUGAGAAGGUUAACAUCAGCAUCAGGAAAGAUGGCAAAGAAGAACAACUAUGAUCACAGCACAGGAAGUUGCAAUGUUCAGUUAAUUGUAUUUAUAAGAUUGCUGACCUUUGUUUUUCUUGUAAGAUGGUUAUUUUUAAGUCCGCAAGAUUUUUUAAGGGGAGCAGGAUAAUUUUCAGUUCAUAUUGUAAGAAGUGUUGUCCUCACUGUAAGAAAAAAGUAUCAGGUAUUUUUUAUUUUUAUUUUUUUCUAAUUGUGUGGUAUUAAUGUUAGGUGAAUGACUUGCUUCAAAGUAAAUAUAAGUUUUGGCUAAUGAUUUCAUAGUAUUCUGUGAUCUUCUACUUCAGUUAUUUUGGGUAUUCACAUUUUGGGUAUUCACUAGAUUACUGGCAGCAUGAGUAUCCAGCUCAACCAGAAACCAGACAGUUUGCCCACAAGGGUGUCAGGGCAUUGAGUAGUGGUGUGCGCUAGGAGUCAGGGAGUCACUACACACUGCCUUCCCUUAUUACUCUCAAAGAGCUGGUUCAUCACUUCUUCAUCUCUUCUGUACUAUUGAACACCACGAGUAUUUCCAAUGCACUUUUGUCCAUUUGGUUUCCUUUGUGGCAUGAAUUGUGUGGGAUCAAUUUUGCAGUAUUAGCACUUCAGGUUGUCACAUAGAUAUACGCACUUGAACAUUUCACAAGCACAUGUCACUGGGAAUAAUGGGAUUUUCUUGUCAUUUCUUGCUGUUACUUGAGAAUCACUUACCAUUUUCCUUUACAUCACUUGUAAACUAUACCAACUUAGUUUUCAUACUCUUCCAGCACACCUUUGUGUAUAGACAUUAGUAAUUAACCACCAUAUGUGAACUGCCAUACAUCCUCACCUGUGUACAGUUAUCAUUUGAAGACCUGGUGUAUAUUUUACCAAUACCUGCAGUUGCAUUUUCUUCUUAGCACAUGAGGGCAGGAUGGAUCAGUGGGACUGUGCUCAGCUAAUGGUCUAAGGGUUGCUUAUUUGAUCCUGGCUCACAGUAUUAUUUUUGUUAGAAAGGUAAACAACACACUGUUGCAAUCGUAGUGCCACAUUUCCUUGCCGCAGUAUCACAACUAAACUCCCAAAAUCCAAGGUGACUCUAGAUCAUGAAUGUAUAACAACAGAUCUAGCAGCUACGUUAUUGUGAGGGAGGAAACAUUUGUAAAUCAACCAUCCUGCAGAUGAACACUCUCUUCAAGUAAUAGGAAAGCACCUAAUCAAGUAACUGUCUAACCCAUACCUAAAUUAUUUGUGUGUGGACAUCUCCAAAGCCAUGUGCUGUUUCUUGUUGGCCAGCUGCAACAUAACAACUUUCCCAUCCCUUGCCCAAGGGAAACUAGAGAUGCUGUGAGGACUGUGAUAACCUUUUCUCUGUCAUCUUUCCUGGUGCAAAUUUUUAAUGGCAUAGAAUCAGAAUUAUAGAUAUAUUAGUAAUAUUUUUUUUCCAUUAGACUUGAGGAUUUCGUGAACAAAUUUAUAGAAGGUACUGAAGAAAGUAUAAUAGAUGGCACUAAACUGAAUGAGAUAAAACCUGAAAGUGUGUAUAUUAGUCAUUCGUUUUUGUAAACUUUCUGCCUUAUUUUCUUAAAUUCAAGAAAAUAAUAUGCUGUCAUAUACAUUUACAUGAAAACCCUGAGAAUGUGAUUUUGUUUGUCUAGUCAUGUAGUUAAUGUGAGAGAAGAAUUAGAGAGUGGUGGCAGUGUAAAAAUCUGGUGUAAAUAUAUGAGAAAUUUGUUU